AUGGCGACCGCGGCGCGCGCCGCGGUCUCGACCCCGAUCGCCCCGCGCGUGCGCGCGCGGGCCCGAUCUCCGGGUGCGGCGGUCCUCGCCCGCGCGCUCCCCGCGUCGCCUUCGUCCUCGUUCGGCGGGCGGCUCAUCCCCGCCUCGGCCCCGUGCCGGAGGCGACCCGCGUCGUGGGGCCAGCGCGCGCCGGGACGCCUUCCCGGCCCCGCCGAUGAACCGACCCGACGCGGCGACGAACUCACCGCGGGCGUCAAGGGCGGCGACGACGGCGCCGGCUACGAUUCCGGAGACGAGACGAAGAAGAAAAAGAAGCGGACGAAGUCGACGCGAACAAAGUCGCAACGCGCGGGCGCCGUCGGCGGGGGAAAAGAUCGUCGCGGGUUCGAUUCCGUCGCGGGUUUCAUGUCCAUCGGCGGCGCUGACGUGGACCCGCUCAGUGCCUUCGGCGUCUCGUCCACCGACGGCGCGCUUCCGGCGUUCAAGCCCACGGGGUACGCCAGGCCGUCGCUGCGAAGGCGAUCGACCAAGGGAUCGCGAGUGUGGAAGAUCUUGACCGGGGUGGCGAGGCCGUCGUCCAACGCCGCGGCGUCGUCCGACGUGGACGACGAGAACACGGCGGUGAUGGAGGAGGACAGCAUGACGGCGGGCGGCGUCUUGGGCGGCGGCGUCAUGGGAUCCGGGGAUUUCGACAGGAUCUCCAUGAUACCCAUCGGGCUCUCCGUCGACGAUUUGUCGAUGGAGGAUGCCGACGAGGAUCCCUACUUUCCCUUUGAGGAGUCGGUCAAACCCGCGGCGACGUUGAACGGCGGCGGGGGAAACUCGAACGGCGUGGACGGACAAAACGACGGCAGGAAGAAGAAGAAGAAGAAGGGCACGGUGGUGUCCCCGCCCAAGCCCUACAAGGUGAUGCGAAUCAACUCCAACACGGCGUCAGAAAAUCCGGGCGCGCAGGUGGAGCAGCAGCUCACCCGCAGGGCGCUGCUCCGAGACGCCGAGCUCACGCCGCGAGACCUGCGACGCAUCGACCCGUCGCUGCUGCAGACGAACAACACCCCGGCGCUGCUGGUGAACGACCAGACCAUCUUGGUCAACCUGGGCGUCAGGGUCAUCAUCCGGCCCGAUCACGCGCUCCUCUUCGAACCCGACACCGCCACCGCCAGGCGAUUCCUCGCCGCGGUGGAGCAACGGCAGAAGAACAGCCAGAGGGAGCAGGGUCUACGGGUGUCGGACCGGAGUUUGGCGUACGACGGCGGGUACCGCGGGAUCGAGCUGGAGAACGGGCACGAAAUCUCGGAAGGAGGAGUGGGUGGAUCCACGGACGGGGGCGCCGCGCCGAGCGAUUACGACUUGGACAAAACCCCGGGGGGCGUGGGGGGCGCGCCGAUACCGUUUGAGCUGGAGGUGGUCGAGGCUGCGCUGCAGGAGACGACGUCGCAGCUGUACGCCAAGAUGGAGUUCUGCGAGGAGCGGUGCAGGCAGGUGUCGAAGCGUCUGCAGAGCAGCAUCAAUCCCGCCGUCUUGGAGGAGCUCCGAUUGACGAAGCAGAGUUUAGUGGAGCUCGACUCGCGCGCGGGGGCGGUUCGACAGGUGCUGCUGGACACCCUCGACGACGACGACGACAUCACCGACUUUACCAUCUCGUCCACCGCGGAGACGGAGGAGGAGAAGGAGGACGAGGAGGAGGAGGUGGAGAACCUGAUCGAGUACUACCUCCAGCAGACGGAGACGGUGCACUCGGCGGCGGAGCAGCUCCUGGAGAACACCCGCGACUUGGAGGAGUCCAUCAGCGUCUCGCUGUCGAGCAGACGGUACGAGGUGUCCAAGCUGGAGCUGACGCUGAGCAUCGCCACGUUCGCCGCGGCGCUCGGCGCGCUCAUCACCGGCAUCUUCGGCAUGAACCUUCGGUCCUGCCUGGAGAUGUCCGUCACCGCGUUUUACCUCACGUGUUUCCUCAUCUUCUCGGGCAUUGGCGCGAUAUUCCAAGCCAUCAUGCGGUACGCGAGGCGGCAGAAGAUUCUCUGA